AUGCCUUCCAGUCUCCCUCGACCGCCGUAUGACCCCGAACUGGAGCCAAUCUUAAGGAGAUUCAAAUUCACGCCUACAGUCACAACAGCACAUAUCGAAGGAGUGCGGAAAAAAUCAAGCCCUACUGUUAAUGACGCCCUCGCGGGCCGAGAAAUUUCGCAUGAAGAGCGCACCAUACUCGGUUCUGGCGGCAGUUCGGAUUUAAAAGUGUCAAUAUUCCGACAGGCAUCAAUGACAAUUCGGCCGGCUUCCUCAGCAAGAUUUGAAAAUCGUCCAGGGAUUCUCUACACCCACGGUGGCGGAAUGAUCGCGGGUAAUCGAUUUCUCGGGAUUGGGGUGAUUCUCGACUGGGUGGAAGAAUUUGAUAUGGUCUGCGUGUCAAUUGAGUAUCGAAUUCCUCCCGAGCAUCCGGACCCGACACCAAUUGAAGACUGCUAUGCGGGACUUAAGUGGACCAGCAUGAACGCUAAGAGCCUUGGGAUCAAUCCAGAUUGUCUGAUGAUUGCGGGAUCAUCCGCUGGAGGAGGACUGGCAGCAGGGACAGCGCUGCUGGCUAGAGAUCGCGGUGGACCGCUGCUAUGUGCCCAGGUGCUCAUUUGUCCCAUGCUAGACGAUCGCAACGUUACAGUUUCGAGCCAGCAGAAAAUGUCAGCAUAUACGCUGCCCCUUCGCGAGCCACUGACCUCUCCAAACUCCCCCCCAGCCUUCAUCGAUGUUGGCACAGCCGAAGUUUUCCGAGACGAAGCCGUUGCAUACGCGACCCUUCUCUGGAAAAGCGGAGUCCAGGCCGAAUUGCAUGUCUGGUCUGGCGGGUUCCAUGGGUUUGACCUUCUAGCGCCGAAUGCAACUCUGUCAAUCAAUGCACGUGAAGCAAGAUCGGCUUGGCAACCAACCAUGCUAAUCACCUCUUGGCUCUCCGGAGCAGAACAGCUUUACCCGAUAGGACUACUGAUUGAAAGAGGCUAA